CUGCUGUUGCCUAGCACUAUUAACAAGUCAACAAACGUUAUAAAAAUAUCAAAAUAUUCACUCGCUGUUCUCUAGACUAUUGUACAUUCACCAAAAUCUUCAGGAAGGACUGAAAAUGCCAAAAAGCAAUACAAUUCCAAUUCCAAAGCAACUGUCCUCUAUUAAAGCUCUUGGAAAAGGCACUGAUCUUGAGAAAGCCAUAGCUACAACAAUCCUUGUUUACAAUUUGUACGCAGACAGUGAUGGAAGAAUCACCAAAGCUGAUACUUUAGAUAUGCUGCAAACUCAGUUUCACAACUUUACACAGGGGCAAGAAACUAAACCAAAAUACAAAGAGUUAAUGACGGACCUGGAACAAGACAAAGAUAGAAAAAUAGACUUUGAAGAUGUUAUGGUCCUUCUGCUUAGUGUCUCUCUAAUGUCCGACCUUUUCCAGGAAAUUCGACAUGUGAAGAACACAAAAUAGAAAUAGUAUACCGUUACAAUGUUGCAUUGUUCCACUAAGAUUUAAAGGGGAAUUUUCACUUCUCUGUGCUAACUUUAUUAUGUGAUGCUACAUUUUAUUUUAAAUGCAUAAUAAAUAUUUUUAA